GGUGAAAAUAAGAGAGGGAGAGAAAGAGAGAGAGAGAGGAGAAAACCUGGAGGUGGGAGAUAAACAGGAGAGAUAUGGAGGUCGCACGAGAUUAGGGCAAAGAGGAGCGAGAAGAAGACAAAGAAGGGGAGGGAGAAUUAGAGAUAGAAGAGAGCUUUAGGGCAAAAUGUUGCAACUGUGAAUGGAGAGAGAAAGUUGAAGAAGGGAAUAGAGCUCUGAGGAAGAAGCACCCACAAACACUCUCUCUCUACCUCCUGUCGCAUUCCAAGCUAAACCUAAUAGAACUCCAAGAAUAAUUGGCAUUUCCCACCUAUCUAAGUUAUUCGAAAGCAUUGAUCAGUGCUUUUAUAGUCCCUCUCCUUGAUUAUGAGAGUUCCAUCACUAUCAGUGUUCUAACUCUCUCUCUUUCUCUUCACAUGAUCCAGAACCCUAAUUUAUCCUGACUGCAUCAUGAGCGGUGCUGAUUCCUUUAAAAGGCUGGUGAAGCUCGCAGCUCGAGCUUUUUAUGAUGACAUUAGUACUAAGGGUGAUAACCAGCCAAAGACCGGCAGAAGUGACAAUAGAGGCAUGGCUGUUGUUGUUCUUGAUGCUUUGACCAGGCGCCAAUGGGUCAAAGAAGAAGACUUAGCAAAGGAUCUGAAGCUGCACUCAAAACAACUUCGUCGUACUUUACGGUUUUUUGAGGAAGAGAAGUUAGUCAUGAGGGAUCAUCGUAGAGAGACAGCAAAAGGUGCAAAAGUUUACAAUGCCGCGCUUGCUGCUACAGGUGAUGGCCAGCUAAAUGGGAACAGCGAAGAAAAGAUGAAGAUGCAUACCCACUCAUACUGCUGUUUAGACUAUGCUCAGAUAUAUGACAUUGUGAGGUACAGAAUUCAUCGCAUGAAAAAAAAGCUUAAAGAUGAUAUGGAGGACAAGAAUACCAUCCAGAAAUAUGAAUGUCCUAAUUGUAAGCGAAAGUAUUCAGCUUUGGAUGCACUGCAGUUGAUAAGCAUGCACGACGAAAGUUUCCAUUGUGAAAAUUGCAAUGCUGAACUUGUCGCUGAGAGCGACAAGAAAGCUGCUGAGGAAAUGGGUGAUGGAGAUGACAAUGCAAGGCGGAGGAUGCGGGAAAAAUUGAGGGAUCAACUUCAAAGAAUUGAGGUUGAGCUGAAGCCAUUGAUGGAUCAGUUGGCAAGAGUGAAAGACCUGCCUGCUCCUGAAUUUGGAACUCUUCAAGCUUGGGAAGCAAGGGCUAUUGCAGCAGGUCGUGCGGCUAAUGGUGAUUCGGCUCUUAAUGACUCAUCAAGAGCUGCUCAAGGGCAGGGAUAUGGUGGAACUCCAAUGCCGUUUCUUGGGGAAACCAGGGUUGAGGUUGCUUUAUCUGGUGUAGAAGAAAAGGAAGAGGAUUUAAAGCCUGAUUAUGCGGCCACUGUGCGCAAGGUUCUUCCUCCUUGGAUGAUAAAGCAAGGAAUGAACCUCACAAAUGAGCAGCGGGGGGAAGUCAAGCAAGAAAUAAAAACAGAGAACGCUUCAAUUGCUCAUCCAUUGGAAGAGAAAAAGCCAAAAGAGGGGGAGAAACAAAACGCUCAGACAAAUAUACAGGAAGAGUAUCUUAAGGCAUAUUAUGCCGCGAUCUUAAAAAGGCAGCAAGAGGAGCAAGCUGCUGCUGCUUACAGUGUGGCCUCCACUUCCAAUGUCAUGAAUGGUGUUUCUGAAACACAGACUGAGCGCCGGGUUGGCAUGAAGGUGAAACGGGAGUACAAUGAAGAUGAAGAUGAUGUAGAAUGGGAAGAUGCUACACCUUCAGGGGUUUCCUCUGUAGCUCCCAAAAUAAAUGAUCUAAAUGAGGAAGCCGAUGCACCCAAGGAGGAGGAUGAUGAAGAUGAGAUAGACUGGGAGGAGGGCUAAUAGACACACACACAUACCCUUUUGGUUUGUGUGCUUGCUGAGAUGAGUUUUUAAGUUUGUGUUUAAGAGGAAUUAUAACGGAAAAGAGCUCUCUUUUCCCUGUUGUCAAUAUAAAGGCACACACACAUACCCAUUUGGUUUGUGUACUUGCUGAGAUGAGUUUUUAAGUUUGUGUUUUAGAGGAAUUAUAACGGAAAAGAGCUCUUUUUUCCCUGUUGUCAAUGUAAUUUGCCUAGUCAUUAAAUAUAUAGUGUCCUAUUUAUGACA